GUUGUUGGUCGACAGCACCAACAACAGCGGCGGCAGGUGGGAGUAGUGCCGCUCCUUGUAUCUGACUUUUAUGGAGAGUAGGGAGCGUCGCGCAAUAUUCCGCGCAACCCAGCGCAACCGACAUCGUGUGGGGAUCGAAGCUCUAACGGCUACUGGCCAAUUCGUGUAGAUCCAGUGAGUCAUCGCCUAGCACGCAAAUCGCUCUUAUCUCUAGUAAACCGAAGAUGGACCCGCGGCGGAUUCAGGACGACGUCCUUCUCAAGAGGGAUCACGAUUCCGUUGACGAUUUUGAGCAUCUCGGCCACGACGGCUCUCCGGACGAGCGUUUGGAGCAGCAGCAGCAGCAGCUUCACCAUCAACAAUCACCACCAGCUCAGCCAAUUGACACGCCACGUGUCGACGAUCUACUGCACAUCGGUGAUUCCUUUCAGCCGUUGGACUCGUUAUUGCCCAGCGCGCUUCUUGACACCGAAGCAAAACCCGUACCGGCGACCCCGCCGCCUUCCGCGGACUUCGACAAGUGCGCGGCCAUGGCGCAGUCGUCGGAUCCUUUCCAGCAGCCGCUGGACCCGGUCGAUUCCAAGCAAGUCAGCAUGACAUUCGUCGAGAUCGAGCGAUCCUAUCAACAACGACUUCAUGAUCACGACGACGUAUACUAUGACGAUGACAACGAGCAGGAAGAGAUACUUCUCCAACCACCGUUGUUAUCGACCUCGACUACGGCUAUUCAACCUGACCCUCUCCUGUCAUCGUCGAUGAAAGCUGUUGACAGCAAAGCUCCGUUCGAGGAGCGCGAGGAUACAUUGUUCACCGAUUAUGGGAAACGUGAUGUCAUUCCGUUGAGUAGUUCCAAUACCGAUGAUUUUAUGCAAAACAUCAGAUCGUCGAUGCUGCCGGCACCGGAAAAAUCACCUCUCAUUGACUUUCUCGGUGAAUCGGACAGUGAAUCAUCGAGGGAGAACAAAUUUAAGAGUAUUACGGAUGAUGACUCAUGGAACGUGAUGGAGAAAAUAGACACGAAGCGGGAGGCAUUCGAACCGCCAACGAAACCGCUGCCUCCAUUACCUAGGGAAGCGCAGCUCCUCGAGAAGGCACAUCAGGACGUGUACGAAACAUCGAGUGACUUCUUAAUCGCGGAGACUACAAAACCGUCACAGCCGCCAGCCGAUUCGAAGAAGGAGAGUAUCAAACGGCGCGAAAUACCAAAACCCAAAGAAACCGUCUCCUCUCGUCCAACUAGCAAGAAGCAAGAAAUCGAAAUCGCACCAAAGGAAAUAUUCCGAGAUAUGGGAUUAGAUGCAUGGUUUAAUCCUGAAAGACUGAAUCCAAAAGUGGCAGCUCUGAUAUACUGGCGCGAUCCAAAAAAAUCGGGAGCUGUGUUCGGCACGAUACUGGGCGUGCUCCUGUCAUUGGCCUAUUUUAGUUUGAUUAGCGUCCUGGCUUAUGUGUCCCUUACCGUUCUUAGCGGUACCAUUCUUUUCCGUAUCUACAAAACUGUUCUUCAAGCAGUCCAGAAGACCUCGGACGGUCAUCCAUUUAAAGACAUUCUUGAUCUGGAUCUGACAUUACCAGCCGAGAAAGUGCAUGAAGUUGCAGAUGUUGCAGUUGCACAUGCUAAUGCAGCUGUUACUGAACUGCGCAGACUUUUCCUCGUUGAAGAUUUCAUCGAUUCUCUUAAAUUUGUCGUUUUGUUAUGGUGUCUCACUUACGUUGGUUCUUGGUUCAAUGGCAUGACUCUUAUUAUAAUCGGAGUGGUUGCUCUCUUCACACUGCCUAAGGUUUAUGAAACGAAUCAGGAGCAGAUCGAUCAAAAUUUGGCCUUGGUACAGACAAAGAUCAGUGAAAUUACCACUAAAGUGAAGGCGGCAAUCCCUCUUGGCAAAAAGACUGAGCCAAUGAAGGAAGAAUAAGAAAAAGUCAGAAUGGCAACAAUCCAACGAACAGCUGAGUCAGCAAAUAUAGAAAGGAUUAAGUUAGAAGUAAACGAAAGAAACGUGAAAAAUGAAAGAAGAGUUUGAAAGCGCGUGCAAGAAAACUAAUAUACGAUCGAAGAGGAUACUUGCAUUAUGAAAACGAGGAUUGAACCUUGUAAUCAUGCGGGAGAUGGGAAUUAUUAACGGUGAGUUUUUUGCGAGAGCUUGGCCAUUCGGAGAAGAAUAUCAAUUUUUUGAGAUUGGUAAGGAUCGUGCACGCGUACAUCGACAUUCUAAUCACGAAAGCAAUUCUUAUUGAGGAAGUAAACACCGCGAGCGAAGAAAGAAAAAGAAAAAUAACACUUAGUAACUAAUUAAUCGUUUAUUAUUACGGUAAAAAGCGACGGCAUGGUUUUAACCAGCAAACAAUGCAAUGUACGCGGGGCUGCUUUCAAGGAAUCAGCCCUUCGUCUCUCCCUUCCUUCUUUUUCGUCGUACUAUUUGACAAAUGUGUUUUAUGGUUAUCAUAAACUUCGUGUUUUGAUCUAUUCGAUGAUGUCGUUUGUUUUUCUCUUCGCGAAGAGAGAGAAGUAUAAAAGCAAACGAGAAAAUAAAAAAGUAGAAUGAAUGUUUUAUGAAUAUGUGAGAGAGAAUGAA